AUGUCCAUAUAUGUCUUUGGCGUUGCACUGAUCAUAGCCAUUGCAUUUUCAAUAGCCAUCUACCUCACCACCGUCCUAGGACUGCUAGUCUACAGGUUCUGUUUCUGUGGAACCCAGAACUCCGCUGAGUGCUCGGUGUCCACUGUGAAGUACGCCGGCGAAGCGGGCGGUCGGGCCGAAUGUGUUGUGUGCCUGACGGGGUUCGAGGAAGGGGAAAGCGUCAAGCAGCUCCAGCAGUGCAAGCACUUAUUCCACUCCUCUUGUAUCGAUAUGUGGCUCUACUCGCACUCCGAGUGCCCGAUCUGCCAGUCAUUGGUCAUAGGACAGACGUCCCCAGGGACCUGUGCAGUACCAAGUGAGAGGUUUUACCCAAACCAUCCAUCCACAAGCUGA